AUGGAUCAGCCGGCCACCCUGUCCAGAUCGACCGUCAGAUCACUUCACAGCCUCUGCGUCGAAAACCUGGGAUUUGCCGUCCUCCCUUUAUUCUGGACUCGGAACCACUUGUCGAUUCUGAAGUGCGAGUUCCGUCAAAUCGACGAUACAGCUGCAAACCCACCCCCUCCCAGGUUCGAAAGGUGGAUAGCAGGAGCCACCCGACAACUCGCCUACGGGCUCGACCCCCACGGCCAGAUCGACAGUAUCUUCCUCGACUGGGAUACACCACUGAGAGUCGCCGAGUAA